AUAGGAGGCAACUGGACUAUUUGUCAGUUGGGAUGCCUUAUUGAUGACAUUGUAAUUCUUCGAGGAGUAAUUAACUAUGUUGGUCAUGUUACCUAUUUCGCCGUCCAGUUAUCAGAAGAAGAUCAUGGCAUAGGGGAAUAUUAGAGAACAUUUAGCUUACUUACGCCUUAGGUUGCUUUCCUCCAAUUUAUCUGAAAGAAUGCAUUGCAUUUUGUUCCAAAGGGGAGUAACUCAUAUGAUCGGUAGUUUUGUUGCAUUUUAUCUGUUAAAUAUGCGAUCAGUUGGUAAUGCAAUAGUUAUAUACUCAUCCACUCCUCUGUUUCUCUAGUUCCCUGCUUCCAUGCGAUGACUAGUGAAUCUUGCAGAUUUUGGACAAAUUGGACUGUUGGGUGUAUUUCCUUGAAAUAAAAGAGGUUAUUAUAAGUUCUUAAUACAUUCUCAUACAGAAAAGCGAAUCGCUUCUUUCAUGUAGUUAGAUCCGUUUUAUUUUUUUUAAUUGGUGGUCCAUUAACAGCCCAUGAGGUAAUGGAGUCUGACUGUGUCUGAACAUACGUGUGGAUGGAGGAAUUUGAAUCCAUGACCUUCUGUUCUACUUACAAAGCAUAUACACGUCCUAUUCACUUGUAUUAACCCUUGGCGGUUCACAUCUCACGAGAUUUACUAUAUAUUCUGCAUUACUUGGAUGAGAUGGUGAGAAUGUCUAGCACUGGACUGCUAUUUCUGUUCUUUAGUCCUUCUUGUGGAUAAUAUUCUGCUUAAUGGUUGAAUCGGCUAUUAGGAACCAUAGAUUAGUAGAAGAACCCAUGUUUAGCAUAUGGAAGUGGCUAUAGGAUCCACUUUUUGCUUUAUGAACGGCUGCUUUUUUCCACAAAGCUCCACCGGAUGUGUAUGCAUCAAAGGUAGAACAGAUGCUGAUAUCAGUUCUUUCCUCUCUGACAUGACAGUUGGAAAGUAGAAACCUUGUAUUAUAUAUCCAUGAAAUUGUCUGAUAAUAAGAGCCUCUCAACCGACUUAAGAUCACUAAAGCAAGAUUGCAUUCUGCCCCGACUGUUACUUUGAAAUCUCGGAAUAUUGUCAAAGCAAUGGCAAAGGCCAUCAUUGCAAGAACACAGGGGCUGCUGCUCAGCUCAUUGAAGCAGCCGAAGCAGGCCCGUAGAACUAUGAGUAGAUUCACUGGAAUUGAGCAGCAGCAAGAAAAAUCUGCAGAGCAAGUAGUCAGCGCCGUUGAAGGAGAAGAUGAGCUGCAAAAACUGCCACUGUGGGUACCUCAUCCGAGGACAGGGAUAUACUUCCCGAAAGGGCACGAGAGUGUCAUGGACGAUAUUCCCGAGGGCUCGGCUUCACUUGCUGAGACAUACUGGCUUAGGAGCAUUGACGGAGUGGACAAACCUGACCCCAAUCUAUGUUCUCACCCUGCUAUGUCAUAAAACCAUGUAAUCGCAUGAAUUAUUAGAAAAGGAGAGGUGGCUAGGAGACCACAUAUACUGUGCUUAUUAGCAGGGACCCCAGCAGCUGAAUGAAGAGCUGCUUUAAUCGAAUAAGGAAGAUGAGUACUACUAAUAAGCUCCCGGCAUCGCCUCGAAGGUGGGGGUGCCAGAUCACAAUCAAUAAGAAAAUAUCAAUUUCGUAGUCU